CUUCUAUCAUUCUAGUUUAUCGUAUUUCCUAAAUGUAUUUGCAAUCACACACAUUCGCAACACUAUGAGUCUUGUUUUUAGACGUUAAGAAAAUUGUUUCUCAUUUAACGUAGGAGGAUGAAGCCUCGGUUAAUUGAUUCUACCGACACAGCCAAAAGGGGCGCGUACAGAGGAAAUAGAUUAGCUCCGCCUACCUCGCUUCACCUUUUUCUGUGGCCCCAACCUACUACACGAACACACAAUAAUACACCAUGACUCGAUGGUCAGGGUGCUUAUUACUCGCACUCGGUAUAUUACAGUGGUUAACGCCAUCCAUUCAGGCCAUUUACGAAUCUCAAGCAGGUGUCAUUGAUUGGCAUCAUGCUUGGGUGGGAAAAACACGUUGGGCACAUUCGAUCGGCACAUCUAGACUGGUCGUUGGUACUGAACGAAAUGUAAUGGCAUCACUCGACACGGAAUCCGGUGCUAUUGUAUGGAGACAAGUUUUGGAUCACCCGGUCAAGGAAUUUCAUGCAACAUCAUCAGGUAUUCUCACUGUAUCUCAGGCGCCACCAUCUGUCGCACAGCUCUGGGACGUAACGACCGGUAGACUCGUGUGGGAACGUGCGCUUGGAAAGAGCGCCGCCACUGCCAUGAUUGCUGCUGAGCAGGAGAGUGGUGAUGAUAGUGUCAUCAUUGCUUCCAGCAAUGGUAAACUUGUACGCCUAUCCAGUGCUAGCGGCCGACCAUUAUGGAACAUGGAUCUCCCAAAUAGUGAUGUGAAUGUCAUUGCAGUACAAAAACGUGACCAAACUGUGUACGUCGUUGAACAAACCGAGGGGCGUACGUCUUUGACUGUGUCCACAUUCCGUUAUGACACAGGCGAGCGAUUGAAUACGAUCAAACAUUCCGUAUCGGCGACAACGACAGAUAACGUAUUGGUUCUGGGCCCCUAUCUCGUUUGGACGGAGAAGGAUACUGUGAAAUGGAAUGAACUCGGCUCAAAGAAGGUUCAAAAGGCUACUGUAUCUACUUUGGUUGGAUCACUUAAAUCGUUCACUCAAGCUGAACCACAGACUGUCGCGCUUGCACCGGGUGAUUCCGAGAGUAUCUUGCUUCUAUCCGCAUACAAUUUGGGUCAGGACCGUUUGACUGUAUCAUCUGCAGCCUUGCAAAUUCAGGCAAAGAGCAUUGAAUUGAUUCAAGACUUGGGUAUACAGGAUUCUUUUGGCGCCGCAGAUGCUUCCGGUACCAGCGGCGUUACGCGGCUCUCAAAACAUUCUCAGAGCGAACUUUUGUUUGAAACGAUUUCGCGCGAAGAGCACCGAAAGCAGGUCAAGGUGGCCCACGACUUUACGCUGAGUGGCGACGUUGCUUAUGGCAAAGUGGCCAGUGUUGAUCCAUUGCGCGCUUUUGUUGUAACAGAGAGUGGAUCGACUUUUAUGUAUGGUGAACAAGGCGAGUUGAAAUGGUCUCGGGACGAAGGAAUGGCUCAUGCCACGGUGACGGAGUUCCUGGAUCUGCCUGAGAAACAGAUGACUCAAUUGGCAGACGUCGAAGAAGAGGUGCCUGCAGCCGUGAGCCCCUACAUCCGUUACUGGCAUCGUCUGCAAGCGCAUGCCGCCGAGCUGCAGCAUCUGCCCGAAUGGAUCCUGUCACGAUACACGCCCUCUAAGUCCAGGGUCAACACACUCACCCAUCGACAACACAUCCAAUCAUGCUAUAAUGGUACGACGACGACGGAUCAUCUUUACCGCGAUAAAUUUGGUCUGCGCAAACUGCUUAUUACCGCCACCGAGACGGGCCAAGUGAUCGUACGAGACUCGGCUAACGGAGGUGCACCUGUAUGGAGCCGAUAUUUCGGCCAAGUUCGUUUUGAUCAUGUCGUCGUGGUCCGUAGCGUAUCUGUCAAACUCCCGCCAUUGAUUGUUGUCAUUGGUCGGUCAGGGGAUGGCGUUAGCUAUGAAGAGACGCACUUUUACCGCUUGAACGCUCUGACAGGCCAAGACUACGUCGCGACGUCGCUGUCAUCCGAAAUGCAAGAAUUCUUCGAUCCUCAACUCGUUACUGAGACGCGCAUCGCCAAGGUCAUGCGACUGCCUAUUGAGGAGCCUGAUGAGCACACGCAUAUCCUCGCGCUCUAUGAAGCAGGAUCAAGCCGUGUUUAUAUUUACCCGGACACCGAAGGAUCACGCCAGAGCUUCCAGAACUAUUUGGAUAACUUUUACUUUGUACAUCAGCGACAACAAAAGAAGGACAAGGGAGGGGCGUCUGCGUUCAAGGGGUAUCAAGUGCUUGAAGGGUAUCGUGGCAGCUUGACGGCACAGCCUGUGUGGUCGCUCGAUAUUCCGCAGGAUGAAUCCGUGGUGGCUGUUGGUGAGCGCGCCACCGAUGAAAAAGUGGCGCUGAUCGGGCGGGUGCUAGGCAACCGCAACGUCAUGUACAAGUACCUGAACCCACACAUGUUUGCUGUCAUGACUACCCAGCCUGGACGCAGCACCCUGAAGGUCCGCCUUGUCGACGGCGUCAAGGGCACGGUGCUUUAUGAAACUGUGCAUCAAAACGUCGAUGCGGUCGAAAACCCUGUCCAUGUCGUACAAGCCGAAAACUGGAUCAUCUACCAUUUUUGGAGCAACGAUAGUCGUAACAAGGGAUAUCAGGCAGUCGUGUUGGAGCUUUACGAGGGCGAGUAUGAAAAUGAGCGAAUUGCGAGCACAAACUUUUCAUCAUUCGAUAAUGUACGACCCUAUGUUCAAUCAUCGGCAUACGCUUUCCCCUAUGCCGUGGAGGCCAUCGGUGUAACGGUAACGCGAAACGGUGUCUCCACUCGGGAUAUCCUGUUCGGUAUUGGAUCGAACCAGAUUGUGGGCAUCAACAAGCGCUUUUUAGACCCACGACGGCCUACAGAUAAACCAAGCAAGGAGGAGCAGGAAGAAGGCCUGAUACCUUAUUCCCCUAUCCCGGAAGAUCGUCAACUCUUUUUGACUUACUCACUUGAGGUAUUCGGUAUCAAAAAGAUCAUCACGACACCCACACUCUUGGAAUCGACAUCAGUCGUGUUCGCCUAUGGCCUGGAUACCUUUUUCACACAAUCGUCACCGAGUCGACGAUUUGAUGUUCUUAGUGAAGACUUUUCGAAAUCUCAGCUCAUCAUGACGAUCGUCGGUCUUGUUGCUGCGAUUGCGGUGGCUGGCCCCAUGGUCCGUCGGAAGCGAGUGAAUGCUCUGUGGAAGUAGAUUCAAUAUACAGCCCUCAACAAAAGAAGAGGGGGAUACACGCCCUUUUUUUCCCUCUAAGGUUGAUGGAUAUUUGUAAACUAUACUUUCUUCUGUCACUUUAACUUUCUAUCACAUGAGAAUAUAUAUCUUCGUUUUUUUGGGCAUACACAACAACGACGAUGCAAAACUGUGGAUGGAUGGUUUUUGCUCAGGGCUUCGGGGAGUACAUUCGGAACUGUGCAGACCCCCCAGACAGUCAGUGCAACCGGGGUACAUCACACGAAAUUCUAUUCGUACAUGCAGUAGUCAAUAAGCAUAAUCGUGAUUAACCGAUACAUAUAU